AUGACUACUCGCAGGCGUGUCUUUGCAGCUGAAGCUGAAGAUGUCGAAGAUUCGACGCUGGCAACGCGGGAUCUGGACGACUUACUAGCCCAGGAAGCACUUGACGAGCAAGAGCAAGAUCGCCUCAUCGCCGGUCUAGAGAGUCUGAACUCCAGCCAGAAAUAUCGCAAUGCGGUGGUGAUCACCUCGUUGACUCUGGCAUCCCUGAUCGUAUCGACAAUCAUCUUGCUUCGUUAUGCCGUCUCCAGCACCAUCACAUCACGGCUAUCAAUAUAUCUCUUGCUGAGCAUAGCAGGACACCUACCCUUACUAGAAGCACAAGCCCGAACCGCUUCAUUCGUUCUCCGCGGAAGUGGCACACGGAGACUAGCCGACCUAGUACAUCUGGAUACCAGGAUCAUACUCCUUUGGCACUCCGUGUGUCCCGCCGCGAUGUUUCUGCAGCAAGAACCAUGGACUAUCAUCGUGCGGGCAUCCAUCCCCUUCUUCCUCACGAUUUGCACCAUAUACAUGGCUCAAAGCAAUGCGGAUCUGGACCUGGAAAUUGCUUCGCUGAAAGCAAAGAAAUAUGGAUUGCAAGGCGCAUGA